AUUACAGGUGAGGUGACAGUUUCUGUAAGGGGAUAAGAUGGUGAAGCUGACAAUGAUUGCUCGUGUGACUGAUGGGCUUCCACUAGCUGAAGGACUUGAUGAUGGGCGUGAUAUGCAAGAUGCAGAGUUUUACAAACAGCAAGUUAAAGCUUUGUUCAAGAACCUUUCAAGAGGACACAAUGAAGCCUCUCGGAUGUCUGUUGAAACUGGCCCUUACAUUUUCCACUAUAUUAUUGAAGGACGAGUUUGUUAUUUGACAAUGUGUGAUCGUGCUUACCCAAAGAAGCUGGCUUUCCAAUACCUUGAAGAUCUCAAGAAUGAAUUUGAGCGUGGUUAUGCCAAUCAAAUCGAAACUGCAGCAAGACCUUAUGCUUUUAUAAAAUUUGAUACAUUUAUACAGAGGACUAAGAAAUUGUACCAGGACACUAGAACUCAAAGGAAUAUUUCAAAGCUGAAUGAUGAACUUUAUGAAGUACACCAGAUCAUGACACGUAAUGUGCAGGAAGUUCUUGGUGUUGGUGAAAAAUUGGAUCAGGUGAGUCAAAUGUCGAGCCGAUUAACCUCGGAAUCUCGGAUCUAUGCUGAGAAAGCAAGAGAUUUAAAUCGACAGGCAUUGAUCAAGAAAUAUGCUCCUUUUGCAAUUGUGGUUGGGGUGGUUAUUAUACUCUUUUGGGCUAAAAACAAGAUAUGUGACCGCGAUAUCACUCUCAGACCUCAGUACAUCAUUAAAUCGAGCCCCGACGUUUUCUUUGCUCCUACUGCGUCGGCCGAUCAAUACCAGUUAAGAGUUGACACAUGGCCAUGGGUGAGGAGGAACCAGUUAAUCUGAAUGAGUAUCAACAACUGGCAAGACAAGCGCUUCCAAAGAUGUAUUACGACUACUUUACUGGGGGAUCCGAGGAUCAACACACACUCAGAGAAAAUACCGAAGCAUUUAAGCGGAUCACUUUUCGGCCAAGAAUUCUUGUGGACGUGAGCAAAAUAGAUAUGUCAACCACCAUAUUAGGUUACAAAACUUCAGCACCCAUUAUGAUUGCCCCAACAGCUAUGCAUAAAUUAGCACAUCCUCAAGGAGAGGUCUUGACAGCAAAAGCAGCAGGAGCAUGUAAUGUGAUAAUGGGGUUAUCUUUCAUGUCUACGUGCACAAUUGAGGAGGUUGCUUCUAGUUGCAAUGCUAUCAGAUUCUUUCAGUUAUAUGUUUACAAGAGACGUGAGAUAUCUGCUUUGAUGGUGAAAAGAGCAGAAGCAAAUGGAUUCAAAGCUAUUCUUCUUACUGUUGAUACUCCUAAACUUGGUCGUAGGGAAGCAGACAUAAAAAAUAAAAUGAUUGCACCCCAGCUGAAGAAUUUUGAAGGUCUUGUGUCAACCAAAGUAGAAGAUGAUGAAGGUUCAAAUCUUGAAGCUUUUGCAUCCAGGAGCUUCGACCCUUCUUUAUCUUGGAAGGACAUUGCUUGGUUAAAGUCGAUUACAAAGUUGCCGAUUUUGAUAAAGGGUGUAUUGACCCGUGAAGAUGCCAUUAAAGCUAUGGAAGUAGGAGUUGAAGGAAUCAUAGUCUCGAAUCAUGGUGCUCGCCAGCUAGAUUAUGUUCCAGCCACCAUUAAUGCUCUGGAAGAGGUGGUUGUUGCAGUUAAAGGACGUAUACCAGUGAUCUUUGAUGGAGGAAUAAGGAGAGGAACAGAUGUAUUCAAGGCUUUAGCUCUUGGUGCACAGGCUGUUAUGAUUGGGCGUCCAGUUAUUUAUGGGUUAGCAGCAAAGGGGGAGUAUGGAGUAAGAAGAGUGAUUGAGAUGUUGAAGGAUGAACUUGAGUUGACCAUGGCUCUGUCUGGGUGUCCCACUCUUGCUCAUAUUACAAGGAACCAUGUCAAAACAGAACUUGAUCAUCGCCAGUGUAGACUUUAAUACCAGAAUAUCAUAUGGUUUUAAGAAGUAAGCAUUUCAGAAUGAUGUAUAAUUAGCAGACGAAUAAAGUUGUAAGCAUUCAAGUCCAUUAAAAACUUUCCAGUUGUAUGUUCAUGUGUAAACAUGCCCUUGGGUUAUAAACGGUGGUAUGCAUUCUUUUAUUUCGGUCUUUUUGUAUAAAUCGCAUGAAAUUACUACAAGAUUGGAUCAAACUCUAUUUUUGUUUCCAUUGCAUAUACUUUGUUUUAAACAUGGAUCACUAGGACAAACAACGAUUACAAAGAUCAACUUUACGAAUCAUGUGCCCAUCAACAUUACAAACAAGUCAAACAAACAAAAUUAUCAAAUGUGGAGCACUUGAUGCUCAUGAAAGAUGCCUGUGGAUGACUCUUAUGGAAGAUGUUCAUGCCAUGAUGAUCGCACAGGGCCGCCGAUUCAAACAUAUUUGGA